UCCAGCUAUGUCCACAUCAUCUCGGUUGCACUGGACACCUGAGAUAGCGAAAACUGCUGAUGCAGCACGGCGUGUGGUGAGUCAUUUCCGUCACUCAGCAGCGGCGACGUCUGCCUUGAAGAAGCGUCAGGAACAGUUCAGCGUCAAGGAGAUAAAAAAAGGCCAAAAUGACUGUGUAACUCAUUGGAACUCAACGUUUGUGAUGUUAGAACGACUGUGCGAACAACGAAUCCCAGCGCAAGCUGCUCUGGCUGAUGAGACCAUCACCAAGCCACAGACUCACCAUGCUUUGACCCUAAGAGCCUCACAGUGGGAAUUAUUAGAACAUCCUCUCCCAGUCCUGAGACCCUUUCCAAAGGCGACAACAUUCAUGUGUGCGCAGUUAUAUGUCGGACUCUCCUUUAUUUACCCUGUAACUGACCGUGUUCUGAUGGCCAGAGAGUCUGAUAUGGCAGCUAUUCGUUCAUUUAAGAAGACUGUACAGCAACAGCUGGUGACGCGUUUCAAACUAGACUCCGAAGGACUGGCAGAAUCCGUUCCUGUCGUGGCAUGCGUGCUGGAUCCCUGCUUUAAAGACAUGCAGUUCCUCCCAGAGAAAAGGCCACAGUCCACUUGGCUGGCACAGGAGGUUGACAAACAUCAAACCGUAGCAGGAAACCGGAGCUCCUGGAGGAAACCCACGCAGACACGGGGAGAACGUGCAAACUCCACGACCCUGACCGCCUGGCCAGGAAUCGAACACGAGACGGUGCUACCCACUGCGCCACCGUGCCACCCUUGGCAGCAUCUCAUCAUUCCAAUGAUCAGCGUGAUGAUGCUGCUGAUGACCGCGUGGACGGGGUUAAUGGUGACAGCAGAAGCAUUUUGCAUAGUCUUUGAACUAAUGCAAGACAUCUACCGCUGCCCACGCCCCCGUCGGGUACUCGAGUACUCGAGUUUUUCUGGAAAGGAGUGCUCAGGCAGCCCCUAG